UUAAACGCGGGUAAUACCUAUAUUAAGAAAUUCUUAAAUAGGUCAAAAAAAAAAAAAAACAAAAGAAAAAGAAAAUAAAGCUGUUUAGGGUUUUACGAAGGCAAUAGUAAGUAACCAUGUCUCCAGAUGCUUCAGCUGCCCUUGCAGUGAGGCAGAAAGUUCAAACCUUUUUGAAUGCUGCUUGUACAGGGAACCUUGAUCUUCUCAAGAAGAUUGCCUCUCAACUUGAUGAGGGGAAGGGACUGGCUAAAACGGUGGCAGAUAUUAAGGAUGCGAACAAACGAGGGGCAAUUCAUUUUGCAGCAAGAGAGGGCAAGACUGAGGUGUGUAAAUACUUGUUGGAAGAAUUGAAGCUUGAUGUGAACACAAAAGAUGAAGAUGGUGACACUCCUCUCCUUCAUGCUGCCCGGAAAGGUCAUACUCUCACUGCAAAAUACCUUCUAGAGCAUGGUGCUGAUCCUGCUAUACCCAGCAACUUAGAUGCCACUGCUUUACAUCAUGCAGCUGGAAUUGGGGAUGUUGAAUUGCUGAAGUAUAUACUGGACAAAGGCGUCAAGGUUGAUUCACAAAGUGAUGCUGGUACCCCUUUAGUUUGGGCUGCUGGUCAUGGUCAACGUGAAGCUGUGAAAGUAUUAUUAGAUUAUCAUGCUAAUCCAAAUGCUGAAAACGAGGAUAAUAUCACUCCAUUGUUGUCAUCCGUGGCAGCAGGUUCACUUGCAUGCACGGAUUUGUUGAUUCAGGCAGGUGCUAAAGUGAAUAUUACAGCUGGUGGAGCAACUCCGUUGCAUAUUGCAGCUGAUCAUGGAAGCCCUGAACUAAUAAACAGCUUACUGAAAGCUGGAGCUGAUCCUAAUGCCACUGAUGAAGAUGGCCUGAAGCCCGUCCAGGUUGCAGCUGCCAGAGGUCAUCGUGGAGCAGUUGAGAUACUAUUUCCUUUGACGUCAAGAAUCGAUACCAUUCCAGAGUGGACUGUUGAUGGAAUUCUCAAAUAUAUGCAGUCUGAAACUGACAAACAAUUGGAGCAAAUGAAAAAACUGACAGAAGCCAAGUCAACAAGGGACACUGCAUUGCCGGCAAAUGAUCUCCCUGAGGUGACACCCGAAGCGAAGAAGAAAGGUGCAGAAGCCAAAUCAAGAGGAGACGAGGCUUUCAAAAGAAAAGAUUUUCAUAUGGCUGUAGAUGCAUAUACACAAGCAAUUGAUUUAGAUCCAACGGAUGCUGCACUGCAUUCAAAUAGAAGCCUUUGCUGGAUUCGUCUCAGACAAGCUGAGCAUGCUUUAACAGAUGCAAGGGCUUGCAGAGCAUUAAGACCAGACUGGCCAAAAGCUUGCUAUAGAGAAGGUGCUGCAUUGCGUUUGUUGCAGAAAUAUGAUGAAGCAGCUAAUGCCUUUUACGAGGGUGUGCAGCUUGACCCCGAAAAUAAAGAGCUCGUAAAUGCUUUUAGGGAAGCAGUUGAAGCGGGGAGGAAGUUUCACGGUACCGAUCAAGAAAAAUCUAGUUAGUUUUCCGAGCUGAUACACCAAAGAUUUGAGAAGAUAUGAUGGGUAACAAACCGUACGGAUUUUGAAGUUGGGAAGGGAAUGUUUAUUUGUAGAAUGCUUUAUAUGCGAAACAACACGACUGAAAGUUAAUGAGCAUGAGAAUGUAAGAUUAGCAGAGCAAA